AUGUUGUUGUUGCAGACGGCGCGAGUCCAGUUGCCCGAUUUCCUUCAGCAGGCCUCCACGUACGCACCAAAGGCCAUAGCCUCCAACGCGAUGGUGACAAUCGAUGUGCGCGCAUCCAUCUCUGGAUUGGGCCGGGUCGGCCUGCUUGCAGCGAAUCCGGUUCUACGAAGACCCUUCUUCCAGCCCGUCAACACCGUCUCGUCUCCCCUUGUCAAGCUCUUUAUGCGAUCUACCCCCGCCGUCUCGACCCCGCUACGCGCCAUGUCCACGACACGUAUUCUCUCCGGAACACUCGGUCUGCAGCGCAGAGGCUUUGGAACUUCGAAUGGAAUUUCUCGCAGCCAGCUGGCUUCCGUCGAGGAAUCGGCAAACAGGAACCCCGGAAACGCCAACCUUCAAAACGCUUUUUACCAGCUUCUGCUUAGGGCCAAUAUGCCUGGCAUCUUGGUGGAACGGUAUCAAACCGGCCGCUUCGCAACGAACGCAGCCACCGAAGAGGCUUACAGAAAGGCACUGGCUGCUCUGAAUAGUGGUACGAGCACCGUGGCCACGGCCACUGCUACUCCUGGAUUUGCUCGUGGACAAUGGGCCGGCAACGAACAGGCUAUUGCCAAUGCGGCUCUUAGCGGCUCGAUGGGCGUCAAGGGCGAGCCAAUCCACGUCGUGGUCCAAGAGUCAACGCGAUCUCUCGUCUUCCGUUGGGUUAAGUUCUUUGCGACCUUCAUCGUAUUCACCUAUCUGUGUUUCGCCGCCGUGACGAUUUUGAUCGAGACGCUCAGCACCUUUAGGCGUGGGCCAGGGGCCAAGACGGACUCGGAAGUCAAGGCUGAGAAGCAAACAACCCGAUUCGACGAUGUCCACGGAUGCGACGAGGCCAAGGAAGAGCUUCAGGAAGUUGUCGAAUUCUUGCGCAACCCCGACAGCUUCUCCGAUCUCGGAGCGAAGCUACCCAAGGGUGUUCUUCUCGUUGGCCCCCCCGGUACUGGAAAGACGCUGCUCGCUCGCGCCGUGGCUGGAGAGGCGGGCGUUCCCUUCUUCUACAUGUCUGGCAGUGAAUUCGACGAGAUCUUUGUUGGUGUCGGGGCCAAGCGCGUCCGCGAGCUUUUUGCGGCGGCAAAGGCCAAGUCCCCCGCCAUCAUCUUCAUCGACGAACUGGAUGCCAUUGGUGGAAAGCGUAACCCUAGGGACCAAGCGCACUCAAAACAGACCCUGAACCAGCUUCUCACGGAACUCGAUGGCUUCGACACGGAUACCAAGAUCAUCAUCAUGGCUGCCACCAACUUGCCCAAGUUGCUGGACAAGGCCCUCACCCGACCCGGACGAUUCGACCGACACAUCAACGUGGACUUGCCGGACGUUCGCGGCCGCAUUGCCAUUCUGAGACAUCAUGCCAAGAAGAUUAGACUCGCCCCUGAUGUCGAUCUUGAAGCCAUUGCCGCUCGCUCGCCUGGACAAUCUGGUGCCGACCUCGAGAACAUGCUGAAUGUCGCAGCACUACGCGCUAGCAGGGCAAAGGCUCGUGAGGUUUCCAAGCAGGAUAUCGACUGGGCAUUCGAUCGCAUCACCAUGGGCGCCGAGAGAAAGUCGAUGGUCGUGACGGAAAAGGAAAAGGAAAUGACGGCAUACCACGAAGCUGGCCACGCUCUCGUCCAACUGUUCGAAAAGGAGAGCUCCAACCGGCUGUACAAGGUUACGAUUCUUCCCAAGGGCCCCUCGCUGGGCCACACUGCUCACCUUCCCGCCAUGGACAAGUACUCAUACACUGCGGCCGAGUACAUGUCCAACAUUCGUGUGCUUCUGGGAGGCAAGAUGGCUGAAGAGAUGCGAUAUGGUGACGACAAAGUGACGUCUGGUGUUUCCAAUGAUCUGGAGAGAGCUACGGAUCUGGGCUUCAUGAUGGUCACCCACUUUGGCAUGUCCAGCGCGCUGGGUCCGGUUGAGUACGGCCGAAGGUACGAGAACCUCAGUUCUGAGACCAAGGCUCUGAUUGAGGGCGAGGUCCAAAAGACGCUGAGGAAAUCGUACGAAGACGUGAGAAAGGUGUUGACGGAGAAGCGGAAAGAGCUGGACCUGUUGGCACAGGCACUGGUGCAGUACGAGACGCUGGACAAGGAUGAGGUCGAAAGGGUUAUCCGGGGAGAAAAGCUGCCAGGUCGGACAAUAGUGCCCAAGGGGCCGCUGACGCUACCGAUCCCAGAUGAUAUCCCCCCGCCGCCGGGGCUGGGAGUGCCACAGCCUCAUCCCCCGCCAUCACCAGCCCCUCCGGCCUCAGCUAGGUCAUCUGCUACAUGA